CGAGACGUUGUAGUAGGCGAAAUGGCGCGGAAGUAGAGGUAGAGGAUGCUGAUGCGUCGUAGCUGCGGUGACACAGUAUCCACCUCACAAUCUAAUAAGAAGCUUAACGCCGGUUUUCCUAUGUGCCAGCGUCUGCUACGGAGUUAUGAAGAGGUAAGAGAGAGGGAGAGAGAGAGAGAGCUUUGAAACCUUCUACUGGAAUGUCCCAGAGGGUUUUUUAGCCCGUACUGGUUUCUCAAUCCCUGGUAAUUGGGAUCAAGGGUUGUCCUGAGGGGUUCCAGUCAGCGGAGAGGGGAGCUAUAGUCGCUCGGAGCCUCCAAAGCUCCUCACACAUCACGCUCUCGGAGAUGUCAACUACUGCCACUGAGAGAGGAGAUGGGGCCACCGUUAGCAGCUCUGGCCCCAAGGACCAUAAAAAGCCCACAGCCGCCGCCCUGAAAGGAGCCAUCCAACUGGGUAUCGGGUACGCCGUGGGCAACCUGACCUCCAAGCCGGACAGGGACGUGCUCAUGCAGGACUUCUACAUGGUGGAGAGUGUCUUCCUGCCCAGUGAGGGCAGCAACCUCACCCCCGCCCACCACUUCCCAGACUUCCGACUGAAGACCUACGCCCCCCUGGCCUUCCGCUACUUCAGAGAGCUGUUCGGGAUCAAACCAGAUGACUACCUGUACUCCAUAUGCAACGAGCCUCUGAUCGAGCUGUCCAAUCCCGGGGCUAGUAGCUCCUGGUUCUAUCUCACCAGCGACGACGAGUUCAUCAUCAAGACAGUGCAGCAUAAAGAGGCGGAGUUUCUGCAGAAGCUCCUCCCAGGAUACUACAUGAACCUGAACCAGAACCCCCGGACCUUGCUACCGAAGUUCUACGGCUUGUACUGCAUCCAGAGUUCCGGCGUCAACAUCCGCGUGGUGGUCAUGAACAAUGUGUUGCCACGAGAGAUGAAGAUGCACUACAAGUACGACCUGAAAGGCUCUACCUGCAAGCGACGCGCCUCGCGCAAGGAACGCACCAAGUCCUCCCCCACCUUCAAAGACUUGGACUUCCAGGAGAUGCACGAGGGGCUGCACUUUGACGGCGAUACGUACAACGCCUUGAUGAAGACACUGCAGAGGGACUGCCGGGUCUUGGAGAGCUUCAAGAUCAUGGACUACAGUCUCCUUCUGGGGGUUCACGUUCUGGACAAGAAGAUCCGUGACAGAGGGAGCCGGGGGGGCAGCAAGCGCCUGGGGGGUCAGAAGGUCCUGUACUCCACGGCCCUGGAGUCCAUCCAGGGAAACGCCAAGGCUCCGGAGCCUGUGGCUGAUGAUGACACAAUGGGUGGAAUCCCCGCUAAGCACAAAGAAGAGAAGCUGCUCAUCUUCUUAGGCAUCAUUGACAUCCUGCAGUCCUACAGGUUCAUCAAGAAGGUGGAACACUCCUGGAAGGCCCUCGUACACGAUGGGGACACUGUGUCAGUCCAUAGGCCCAAUUUCUAUGCGGACAGAUUCCUGAAUUUCAUGGGAACCACUGUCUUCAAGAAGCUGCAUCCUCUGAGAGGAGCCUCCUCUAAGAGGAAGAGGAAUUCUCUCCACCCGAUGCGCUCCGCCUCCCAGGAAGUUCUGUCCGCGCAUAAGGAGGAGUGGACGGAGGAGAAGAAGGCCCAGAGCUCGGAGAGUCUGGACGGACAAUAUUCGAGCGGCUCUAAUCAGCCAGACCUGGUUCCCUCUCCUAGAGGAUUGAGCCUGGCUGUGUCCUUCUGCACAAUCCACUCCAGCGAGGAGGACCUGCUGGAGGAUCCUGACAACAGUGACGACCGCAGGGCCUCAAGCGCCACCGUUGCUCUGGACGACACAGACCCCACCCCUCCCAGCCAGGGAAGCACCCCGGACUCCGUCCUGGACGUCUACCUGUGAGGAGUGACACAUGCAUCGUCUGCACCACCUCUACCAGUGCCCGUAAAUGACCUUUAACCUAUCACGCAUGAACUGCACAAGAAACGCCAUUAUUGAAACAAUGGCAUUUUAAACACAUCCUGCAUUAUGGGGAAGCAUUCUUCUGCUGCCGUCCACUUAGCUGCUAAUCUUCACAUAGGGACAGUCCUCAGGUUUAUUCUGUUGCAAUCACACUCUUUCAGAGAGGAAAGCUCUCUUCAUAGUUAAGAAACUGCAUGUUGUUGAUUUUUUUGAUCAAGUGACACCCAUGUUUAAAUCUCAGAGGGCUGGAUCCCUGAAAGAUUAAAUCGAUGCAUUUAAUUUCAUCAAGUGUGAAACAUAAUAUAAAAAUGUUUGUUUUGGUUUACAUUCCGGUUGAUACAUAUAUUUAUAGAUACAUAUAUUAACUUUUUUUAGAUACGUUUCUUUUUUUCCUUCAGUAAAUAUCGUAUAGAUCAUCAUGCAGGUGUGUGUUUAAUUCAAAUGUCAAAUUCUGUCCUUUUUCUUGCUUCUUUCUUGCUUUUUGUUGGAAAAUGAUGCAAUGCAUUGGUUUAAGAUUGUAAAGGUUUGUUGCACAAAAUAUUACAAUUGCUGUCUUGCCAUGUCAUUGACUUCCUUCUGGAAUCACCAUUUGCCUUGUAAUUUGAUUUAUUUAAUGAAAUUACUCCUAAAAAUACGUCAUUGAUAUAACUCCUUAUGUAAAUUGUAUUUAAAUGUUGUAGCCUAUUUAAAAUAAAUGUAUUGUAUGUGUUGAAUACAAAUUAAUA